AUGUAUUCGAGCAAUGACCAAGCGCAAAUCGAAAAUGAUGAUGAUCGAGAUAUUACACCUGAACUUUGGCAAGAAGCUUGCUGGACAGUCAUAUCAUCCUAUUUCGACGAGAAAGGUCUUGUUCGUCAGCAACUUGACUCAUUCGAUGAGUUCAUUCAGAUGUCUGUACAACGCAUUGUAGAAGAUUCUCCACCGAUUGAACUGCAAGCACAAGCACAAUAUACUCAUACAGGACGAGAUGCACCACCAAAAUACACAAUCAAAUUCGGACAAAUCUAUCUGUCCAAGCCAAUCCAUCGAGCUGAUGAAGGCACUGUUUAUCUAUGGCCUAAUGAAGCUCGCUUAAGAAACUUAACCUAUGCAGCACCCUUAUAUGUCGAUCUAAAUAAAACUGUUUAUAAAGAUAAUUCACCACCCGAAGAGAAAAAGUAUGAGAAGGUACAUAUCGGCGAUAUACCCAUCAUGUUGCGUUCAGCAUACUGUCUUCUCGCGGAAAUGACAGAUCGUGACUUAACAGAACUCAACGAAUGUCCACUAGACCCCGGCGGCUAUUUCAUUAUCAAUGGUAGUGAAAAGGUGUUGAUCGCUCAGGAGAAAAUGGCCACGAAUACAGUCUACGUAUUUUCGAUGAAAGAUUCCAAAUAUGCGUAUAAAUGUGAAGUUCGUUCUGUACUGGAAAACUCGAGUCGACCAACCAGUACACUGUGGGUGAAUUUGAUGGCCAAAGGAGCACAGGGCGGAAAGAAGAGUGCAAUUGGACAGCCGAUCAUCGGUAUUUUGCCUUAUAUCAAACGAGAGAUUCCUAUCAUGAUCGUCUUUCGCGCUCUUGGUCACGUUUCUGACCGUGAUGUUCUUGAACAUAUCAUCUACGAUUUCGACGACAUGGAAAUGAUGGAAAAAGUGAAACCGUCGCUAGACGAAGCAUUUGUCAUUCAAGAUGAUAAACUCGCACUCGACUUCAUAGGUGCACGUGGUAGUAAUCCUGGUGUGACACGAGAAAAGCGUAUUCGCCGAGCGAAAGAAAUCCUACAGAAAGAAAUGUUACCACAUAUCGGUAUUACUCAACAUUGUGAGACGAAAAAGGUUUACUUUCUCGGGUACAUGGUCAAUCGUUUGCUGUCCGCAGCUUUGGGUCGCCGCGAACUGGACGAUCGAGAUCACUUGGGAAACAAACGUCUCGAUCUUGCAGGUCCACUCCUAUCCUUCUUAUUUCGUCUUCUGUUCAAGCGUCUGAUCAAAUAUAUAACUGCAGCUGGUCAAAAGGCAGUCAAUAAGAAUCGCGAUGUUAGCCAAUGGGUCGUUCGAUCUGACAUAAUUACUCAAGGCUUGAAAUAUUCCUUAGCUACAGGUAACUGGGGUGAUCAAAAGAAAGCUCAUCAAGCGAGAGCUGGUGUCAGUCAAGUGUUAAAUCGACUAACGUAUGCAUCCACUCUAUCUCAUUUGCGGCGAGUCAAUUCGCCGAUCGGACGCGAUGGUAAACUAGCUAAGCCACGUCAACUACACAACACCCUGUGGGGAAUGGUCUGUCCUGCUGAAACACCAGAAGGACAUGCAGUUGGCCUGGUGAAAAACUUGGCUUUAAUGGCCUACAUUUCCGUCGGAUCUCAGCCACAACCCAUUCUAGAGUUUCUCGAAGAGUGGUCAACAGAAAAUAUGGAAGAAAUCACUCCAUCAAGUAUUCGAAAUGCUGCGAAAAUCUUCGUUAACGGCUGUUGGAUCGGUAUCCAUCGUGAUCCGGAUCAGCUGAUGAACACACUUCGCCGUUUACGUCGUCAAUGUGAUAUUAUUGUCAGCGAAGUUUCCAUGGUUCGAGAAAUUCGUGAACGAGAAAUUCGGAUCUAUAGUGAUGCAGGCCGUAUCUGCCGUCCUCUAAUGAUUGUUGAGAAACAGAAGCUUCUCUUGAAACAACGACAUGUCAAUGCACUCAAGCACCAAGAUCCAGUAUUCGAAUGGAAGGAUCUGCUUGGUGAAGGUGUAGUCGAGUUCAUCGACUGUCUCGAAGAAGAAACAAGCAUGAUUGCAAUGGUUCCUGAAGAUCUGCAACCUAAAGGAGAAUCAGCCUAUUGUUCAACGUAUACUCACUGUGAAAUUCAUCCGUCGAUGAUCUUAGGCGUUUGUGCAAGUAUUGUACCAUUUCCUGAUCAUAACCAAUCACCACGUAACACAUAUCAAUCAGCUAUGGGUAAACAAGCCAUGGGUGUUUACAUCACUAAUUUCCACAUUCGAAUGGACACACUCGCACACGUUCUGUUCUAUCCACAAAAACCACUAGCAGCCACUCGUGCUAUGGAAUAUCUUCGAUUCAGCGAACUGCCAGCAGGCAUCAAUGCAAUCGUGGCGAUCGCUUCUUACACUGGCUAUAAUCAAGAAGAUUCAAUUAUUCUCAACUGGAGUUCAGUAGAUCGUGGAUUCUUUCGAUCCGUUUUCUGGCGUUCAUAUCGAGAAGCUGAAAGUUCGCAAGGUGAUCAACAUAAAGAGACCAUAGAGAAGCCACAACGCACCACGUGUGUCGGCAUGCGCAAUGCCAUCUAUGAGAAGCUCGAUGAUGAUGGCAUCAUCUCGCCUGGUACUCGAGUCAGCGGUGACGAUGUUCUCAUCGGCAAAACCGUUACUUUGCAAGAUACGGAGGAUGAUCUGAAUAGCAAAGCGAAAAAGUUCAUGAAGAAAGAUGCGAGUGUGUUUAUGCGUGCAAGUGAAACUGGAAUUGUUGAUCAAGUGCUUUUGUCGAUUAACGACGAAGGCUACAAGUUUGUGAAAAUCCGUGUACGAACAGUGAAAGUGCCACAAAUCGGUGAUAAAUUUGCUAGUCGUCAUGGUCAGAAAGGAACAUGUGGUAUACUCUAUCGAAUGGAGGACAUGCCAUUCACUGCUGAGGGCAUCACACCGGAUUUGAUCAUCAACCCUCAUGCUAUUCCAUCUCGUAUGACAAUCGGACAUUUGAUCGAAUGCUUACAAAGCAAAGUUGCAGCCAACAAAGGUGAAAUCGGUGAUGCCACGCCGUUCAAUGACAAUGUGAACGUGAAACACAUGUCUGAGAUGUUGAACGAGUAUGGGUAUCAUCUGCGAGGCAAUGAAGUCAUGUACAAUGGUAUGACAGGAAGAAAGUUGACUUGUCAAAUCUUCUUGGGACCGACUUAUUAUCAACGACUGAAACAUAUGGUGGAUGACAAGAUCCAUUCUCGUGCUCGUGGUCCUGUGCAAAUCUUGAAUCGUCAGCCAAUGGAAGGUCGUUCGCGUGAUGGUGGUCUUCGUUUUGGUGAGAUGGAGCGUGAUUGUCAAAUCUCGCAUGGUGCUGCGCAGUUCUUGAAAGAACGUCUUUUCGAAGUGUCGGACCCGUACCGAGUGCACGUGUGUAAUAUUUGUGGUCUUCUUGCCAUCGCUAAUCUUGCCGAGAAGACAUACAGCUGCAAAGGGUGCACAAACACCACACAAAUAUCUCAAAUACGACUACCAUAUGCAUGUAAAUUGCUGUUUCAAGAGCUGAUGGCAAUGAACAUAGCACCGCGNACGUGUGUAAUAUUUGUGGUCUUCUUGCCAUCGCUAAUCUUGCCGAGAAGACAUACAGCUGCAAAGGGUGCACAAACACCACACAAAUAUCUCAAAUACGACUACCAUAUGCAUGUAAAUUGCUGUUUCAAGAGCUGA